GUUCCAGCAUUCACCCCAAAAUCUGGCCCUGGGUUUGUUUCUAUUAAUAAAACCUUUUAAGAUUCAUGUUACACAGUAUAACAUCAGUUAACUCUACAGUGCCCUGCUGGCUUUACAUACAUGUAUUACCUCUUUAAGCUAUAAUGAAUCCAGAUAAAAAUGAAAUAAAAUUAAAAGUUACUUACAGGAUAUAUGGUAUCAUAAGAAUGUUUAUUUAGAUUUAUUAUUAACACUCAGGCAAUUAAUUACUGUCCUAGGCUGUGGUCAUCUCGAAUUCAAUUCCCCUUUGUUGCCAGCCCAAGACUUAUUAUAGAAGGCACAAGGAUUCAACGCUUUUAACAUCCUUUAACGUGCAUUCUGCAUUAUGCUCAAACUCUUUAUGUUGGUGAUUCAUUUGUAAAUAUUAGGGGGCAUUUGUAGGUGUAAGGGAUAUCAAUGUCUCUUAGACAUUCAGAUGCAAAAUACUCAUCUAACCUUAAAGAGUAAAAAAGGGGGCUACAUGGGGAGACAUAGCAACCAGGGACAUUCUCAGAGGCCAUGAGGACUAAGGGAGGGAUGGUAGGUCUGUUGUGUGGAGCUAAGAAGUGAGGGGUUUGUUUGCCACAGGAACCUGGCUUUACUGUUGGUCUUACAGCUAGCUGCUUCUGGAAAACUCAGUGGAAUCCUGCCUUCUCCCUGGGGAUGGGGGCGGGGAGGAUGAGCUUUGGGCAGGGUGGGAAUCAUCCUUGUCAGGAGAGGAGGGGUACAGAGUGAGUCAGAGAGCUUGAGAAAUGGUAAAUGGAGAGGAAAGAAAUAAGGAGAAGAGGGCUUGGAAAAUUCCUGUGGGAGUGAAGAGAGGGAUACUUAAACUGAAGACUAAGUGAGACUAACAAUUUUGUAACACAUGCCCCUGGCUGACCUAAGUGGUGUGGUCACAGACUGGGGAGGCUGCAUUGUCAGCUUGGGGGCACAUGGGUAUUGGGGUGCACUGACCACUACAGUAGGAAGCUCUUUAUCCCAGAGCUGGGUGACUGGCCUUCUGGGGAGGGGGUGGAGUGUCUCAGCUGGGGAAGGAUGCAAGCAGUCUCUAGCACAGUGGGGGUGGGCCUUUUAGUGUCCCCUGCACUCAAGACACACAGAGGGUUGGUGUGCACCUCAUGGGCAGCACAGGUGUGUGGGUUCAUGCAGGUCCGUUGAUUGAAGACUCCGGGGCACCUUAAGAAUGAAUCUAGUCUUUUGUGGCUGCAGGGGUAUCAGUCUCUAAGAACUGAAACCUUUUCCCUUCACCCAGGGCAUUUUUUAUUUUUCUCCAUAUUUACACAUUAGCCAGUUGAUUUCCAUAUGUUCAAAACAACCUGAAAGAAGCUUCCAAAAAUACAAUGCCAAGUGCAAAUUUCUCAAUUCAUCAGGUACCACAGUUUUUCUAGGUUUCCUGAACCAAGUUUUGCAUAGGCUUUGUAUUCUUUGGAGAUUAUCAGACAAGAUUUCUAUAGGGCCAAAAGAAACAACAAGUAUCUGCCAAACAAAAGAUGAAUUAUGGCGUGGGAGCCAGCUCUGCCAGGUAUAGCUCAGCAGGAAUGCUUCCACAACAUGCAGCUGCUCUGGUGGGGGGAGAAUCUAAGACUUCUGGAUUCCUGUCCAAAAUGUCAUGAAAGGAUUACUUUCUACAUAUUACAGAGUGCAAAAGACACUCUGUAAGAAAUUGCAUCACACUUUCCACAUGGAACAGGACCGGACUUGCCAGGACUCCUCAGGAACUCUCAGCAUCCACUGCUUCCUAAGCCUGCCCCAGCUGCCCUUUCUCCCAGAGGAGUCUCAGCUUUAGGAGGCUCCUCCUGAACCUCCCUCCUUAACCUCCACUCAUCUAGGUAACACUCAAAGUUUGCAUGGGAGUCAGGCGGUCAUGAGCAAGAGGAAGACUGAGUCCGGCUCCAUCUUCAAGCAAUGAUAAAGCUGGGAAACUCCUGGCUUUCUGUUCAAGACAAGAUCACAAGACCAGUGGAGGUGGCACUGUUCCGAAACGCCAUAAUCCUGGCCCAACUGCUGUUGCUGUGUCUUUUGGGGGUUCUGGUGUCCUGUGACGGAACCCAUACUCUGCACUAUAACCUCAUGGCCUUGUCUCUGGAGGGAACAAGGAAGUUCGAAUUCAGGGCCCAGGGAUACAUUGACAAUGAGCUCUUCCUGCUCUAUGACAGUUAUGGGAGAAGAGCAGAGCUCUGGGGGCCUGGGAUCAAGAGACAAGGAGAAGUUGAGAUCUGGACAAGAGAGACUGAGGACAUGCAGGAGAAGGAGGAGCAACUCAGGAGGAUGCUGACUGAGGUCAUGACCCAGAAGGGCCAACAUAGAGGCAUUCACACUCUUCAGGCAAUGUUUGGCUGUGAAACCCAAGGAAACAACACUGGAGGCUUCUGGCGCUUGGGCUAUGAUGGGCAGGACUUCCUCACCUUUGACCAGAAGAGCCAAACAUGGAAAGUGUCCAUGCCUUCAGCACUCUCAACCAAGACAUUCUGGGAGAGACAUGGCCCCAGCAUGGAUCAAGUUCAGACUUUUUUAAAUGACAUAUGUCCUAAACUUCUCCAGAGAUAUUCAACUCAUUUGGAGAACCAAUUGAUGGAUACAGGUCCCCCGAUGGUAACAGUGUCCAGAAGGCCAUACCCAGUGGGCAGGAUCACCCUGACGUGCUGGGCUUUUAAUCUGUAUACUCCUGUGGCCACCUUGACCUGGCUUCAGGAUGGGAGGCCAGUACAGCAGCAUUCAUUUGGGCCUGGGACCAUCCUUCCCAGUGGAAAUGGGACCUUCCAGACCUGGGUGUCUAUCUGGGUUCUUCCUGGACAGGAACCACACUUCACCUGCCGCCUUAGGCACCGCAGCCAGAACAUUGAUGUCCCUGCUGCCCUUGGACCUCAAGCUAGGAAUAGUGGUGGAGCCACCAGCUCAACUUCUGCUCUUGUGGCUUCUGCUUUUCUUUCCAUGUUGGUAUUUCUAGCCUGCGCCUAGAGCAGCAAGAACACACAGGACAGCAAGAGACCAGGUUACCCCAUUGGACGAACAUUUCCCAGUAUGCAGUGAGAGUCUGGUGACCUGGUUCAAGAGUGGAAUUCCCCCUUGGGUGGUGUGCUCCUGGGCUCUAAAGAACUCUGUGCCUCUGAAUGAACAACCUGAGGUACUGGUCAACUGGAUGACUUGUCCUGAAGAUGCCCAUGGGAUUUGGAUGAAGACAACUUUCUAGGACCCCUGCAUUGCCCGAAUCCUGUUAUAGUGUCUCCUGAGGGAAAGGUUCUGCCAGAGCUCUGGUUGUUAGCCACAGCCCCAGGCAGUGGGAACAUUGAUGGGACAUAUGGAGGAAAUGAGAAAUUAUGACAUGGAUAUAAUUUUAUCAUUGGAGUCACUGCCUGUGUUAACCCUUCAUGUGUGUUACUGACUGGGGGUUCCUCUAUUAAAGAGGGCGGGGAACACUUCAAAAUGACCUCCAUCAAUUGUAUCUUCUGUAAUUGUGUCAACAACACCCCCACCCCAUGCUCAUAAUAAGAGCCUCUCUUGCUUCCACAGCCUCCCUUAGUUAUGGGUCCUGUACACCUUGAUGAUACACCAUGUGAUUUUGAAGGACAGAUUCUCAGGGAACUAUAUCAGGCUCUUUCUAGAGAAAGGAAGGUUUUGAAAAGCCCAGGAAUAUGUCAAUUCUGACUCUGAGGGUGAAUCAAGUCAGUUGUAAAUCUUAACCCCUGCACUUCCCAGAGGAUUAGUAGCUGUAAAUCCUGAUCUCCAGAGUAAUCUCCAAUGGCUAUAAAUUCUUAUGGGAUGACUCAUCCCUAACAGGCUUGAAGGGCAGCAGGCCCAAAUCAGUAAAAAAAAAAA